CCUUGCCGUCAAAACGAUUGGGUUCGGACACAAUAUUGCGAACAUAUAUCCAUUUUCAAGCCGAUUUUUCAAUAUACCUUUCAGUGAAGAUAAAGGACCAUGUCGAGUUUGAAACGGCCACGAGCGACUGAAUGGGGACGGGAUGUUGACAUGCCCCGAGACAAGCGACUUUUUUACGAGCCUGAAUGCCACGGCUACGACUAUGGGGGACAAGAUCUACGGCAGACUUGGUUUGAAAACAAUGAGAAUGCCGCUUGUACUCAAGCCUCGAUUUCUAGGAUCUUGCCAGCCGUGAACGCCCUACCUGACGACUCAAUCCCUUCAGUUCAAGAUUUGUGGCAAGGCCAACAGGGCUUCGACAAUAGCCUGUGCCAGCUCGAGGAACACACCAUGUUCUACAGUGGGCAAGAGUUCAAUUUGAACCCUUCCAUAUCUGCGGGAUAUGACCUGGAUGCUUUUGAAGGGGUAGCGCCGACAGAUUCAAGUUACGAAAUACCCACGGAAUCGUCGUUUGCUUCCGAGCCUGCUCCAAAAAUUGUCGAGGUUUGUUAUGGAUCGCUCUGUGAUGUGAAGGUCCAGAUCGACGAGAGUCUUGACAUCGACGCUUUGAAAAUACCAGCUGUGGCAUCCCAGGACAUGGAUACAGAACCACUUGGCUUUCUACCUCUUCAGCUUUUAUUCAAGGAUGAGUAUUGUGUGCUUCAGACGAAAGAAGGUUGUGCCUUCGGAAUUUUGAACAAAAGGGUUUUUCGAAGCCUCGCUGGAUUGAACUGUUUCCCGGAUUUAGAAUAUACUGCUCUAAUUGCCUGGAACGCUUGGCAGGAGAGAAUCUUCCCCGGUGGUAAAGAUUCGAAACGGAGGUGUAUCGGUCUUGAUAUAAAUAUCUCGGGGCCUAGAUGCGAGCUGGAUGCCACAGCAAAAGGACUGUCUCGAGUGCAGCUUUUCCUGCAGCCGCCCCAUUAUGGAACCUCUAAUCUUCCCUAUCAGAACCCACAAUACCUAGAUCUCCCGGGUCUUGUGCAAGUGCUUGAGUUGCCUGUCUUUUCAAAUUCACAAACUCCUAGUGCUGGAGCUCACACCGAUUCGGGAGACAACAAAGCGUUGGUUCAGAAUGAUGGAUAUCCUGAUUUCGACAAAAUUCUUGAGGAACUUCCACGGCAUGACUACUUAAAAGAAGCAGUUGUGGAUAUUCGUGUAAUGACGAAGUUGUUAAGCCACCAAGGGGAGGCGGUGGACUAUGUGGUUAGGCGCGAAACUUUGAACUCACCGGUCUCCCGGAGUCUUUGGGAACUCGAGAAUUCAACGAAAGACUUUCAAUAAUCAGAGCUAAAAGUCCAUUCCGAAACGAUUUCUUGGGAGGCAUUCUGGCUGACGAUAUGGGCCUUGGCAAGUCUUUAGCGAUGUUAUGUGCAAUCGUGGGGUCUCUAGAUCGAGCGAGCGAGUUUGCUGGGCCAAUAUCU